GGAUGACGCGUAUAUUUUCAAUACUUUCUCGUCAUUGUCAUUGUACAGCCACAAACGUCAAACAGCUGAGCGAGGUGACUGACUUGCCGUUGUGUGGCUUGCUAUUCAUUCUUGAACAGAUUUCCAAGACGGAUUAGAGAAAAACAUCAGAUUCAUAAAACACCGUGAAGGGAACAAAGAAUAAAACAUCAAUAUGAGUGAACUGAGUCAGGAGGAGAUACGAAGACGUCGUUUGGCGCGACUCGCGGCGCUCAGUGGCGCGGGGUCCACUCCCUCUUCGGCCAGCCCCCCGGCCACCCCCAGCGCCUCGAUGCUCUCCCCCGACAUACAAAGCCCACAGCCUCGCUUGUCACCCGCACCGAUCCCGCGCGGUUCCACCGAACCCAGCACCCCUGAUGCUAAUGCCAACAGGGAGCCCAAUUUCUCAGACGCAAUCAGAUCAGAUCAGUCCGACCAGACUAAAAUACCGGCUGAUGGAUUGAUUGUGACAGAAAAAACUGACAAUAACUUGCUUGAUGAAAUGGCAGACACAAAAAUGACAGAUCUUUCUCAGACAAGACAGUAUAGCAGUUUUGAUUCCAUGGGUGAAGACACAUUAUUAAGUUGUGGCUCAGUGAGAGUAGGCAGUUUACCACAUUCAACAGUUGGUGGCUCAGAAGGGGCAUCAACAAGGGAGGACAGUACAUCAAGGUCAAUAUCGCCAGCCCAGUUUGUAGAGCCGUCUCCAGUUCGGCCGAGGCCUACCACUGCAUCACCAAGCUGUUCACGUCGGUCCUUGUCUAUGGAAGUGGAUGAUGUGUCAGAGAGGAACUCACAAUCUGAAUCACAGCAGGAGCCAAUGGAGGUGGAAGAGAACGACCCGUCGUCAUCGCCGGCCCGCAAGAUCCACAGGUCUCGUACAGUCAGCUGCACGGAGCUGACCGAGGACCAGCUACGGCACAUCGUCGCAAAGAUACUGCAGGUGUCGUGGUCGGACGAAUGUGCUGGCGGCAUUUUCGUGCCAUCAGUCGCAGCGUCGUUGCUCGACAACCCUAAACUAUCACUAAACGAACUAGCAUCUGAAGCUUUAAUGGAUGUUAUCACACAAAUAGGGGAUGGUUCAGAUCCGCUAAACCAAAAGCUGAUAGCUGUGUCUGAGACGUCGAAGAGGCUAAAUGAAGACUGCGGCGACGACACGCUGACGAGCGGUCCCCUCGGCUCCGAGUCGGAUCCUGAUAAAUCUGAUUGUCCCACCCCAUCGCUACCUAUCCCUAAGAACAUGCCCACGCAAGGUCUAGCAGUCAGUUACAUUCUAAGAUUUUACAACAACAUCAAUCUUUACGAGCGAGAACAUCCUAAGAAGAGUUCGGAGCCGCCUUUGAGUGACCUAUUGCAGAGUUUGAGAACAUUACUGGUGAACCACUUGGUGCUAGUGCUACGGAAAGGGUUCGAUCUGGAGAAGUGCCGGAAGUCGCCGCUGCUGCCGUACAUGCUUGUCGGGAACACGCCCACGGGACUCAUUCCCGAGCUUCUGCUAGCGACUUACCAGGACAAGGAGGUUUUUGAAGAGGUGUUCGUGCCGCUGCUGAUGGGCGUGCGCGAGGAGAUGCGGCGCUGCGUGUCGCCGCUGGCGGGGCGCGGGCACGGCGCGGCGCUGCGCGCGCUGCGGGCGCUGUGCGAGCUGCGCGCCGGCCCGCGCCACGCGCGCCGCCCCGUGUGCGAGCUGCUCGCCGCGCUGCCCAGCCUGUGCCCCGACCCCGUCACCACGGCGCCCGGCCGGGAGAUCGCGCGCGUCUCCUUCCUCGGACCCUUCUUUGCGAUAUCACUGUUCGCGGAAGAGAACCCGCGCCUCGCAGAGCGCUUGUUCGGCAUGGGCACGGGUGACCGCAGCCUUGCGUUCGCGCUGCAACGCGAGAUCGAGGCGAGUCGCAACACGCUGCACAACAUCUGCCACAACAUCCUGCUGUGUCCGGAGGCGCGCGAGCCGUUCCUGAACUACUUCGCGGCUCUGCUGCAGAUGAACGAGCGACGAGCACAGCUGCAGACCGAUGAGAGAUCGCUCGCGGGUGAUGGCUUCAUGCUGAACGUGUGCUCGGUGCUGCAGCUGCUGUCGGUACGCAUCAAGCUGGAGCGCGUGUACCCGCUCUACACCUUCCAGCCCGACACGUGGGUUAAUGUGCGAGAUGAGACACGGCUCUACUUCACCGCGCAGGAGGCUCAGGACUGGCUCGAUUCACUCAACAACGACCCGUGCCACAAGUGGCCCGAGGCGAAGUUCCAGACGGUGUGCUGGUUCCUGACGCUGCACAUGCACCACGUGGCGCUCAUCCCCGCGCUGCACACGCACCAGCGACGCAUCCGAGCAUACCGCGAUCUUCAGAAAGUGAUCGAGGAGUUGGCGGUGGCUGAACCGCAGUGGCGCAACAGUUUCUCAGCGCUGCGCAACCGCGAGCUGCUCAGGCGCUGGAGGAGACAAGUCAAACGUCUACACAGGUCGAAGCUGUGCGCGGAGGCAGCCCUACUGGACGGCGAGGUGAUGCGGCGCAGCGUGCAGUUCUACGCGAGCGCGUGCGCGCUGCUGACGUCGCAGUUGAGCGCGGCGCAGGCGGCGCAGGACGCGGCGCAGGACGCGGCGCCCGGCACCAGCGCGGCGCCCGCGGCUCUCGCCUUCCGCGCCACGCCCGAGUGGUACGUCGAGGACGUCGCCGAGUUCAUGCUCUUUGCUGUGCAAUACGUGCCGCAAGUAGUGGCUGACUACAUAGAAGACCCGAUAAUCACGUGGUUGCUCAGCGCAAUAUGCCACUCGCAUCUAAUAAAAAACCCAUACUUGGUAGCCAAGAUCGUCGAAGUCCUAUUCGUAAUUCAUCUCUCCGUGCCAUUGAAGAUGAAGAAUGUUUACGAGAAGUUCAUGAACCAUCCGAUGUCACAGACCGCGUUGCCGAGCGCCUUGAUGAAGUUCUACACGGAUAUUGAGACCACCGGGCAGAGCACUGAGUUCUAUGACAAAUUCACGAUAAGAUUCCACAUCAGCAUCAUACUUAAGGGCAUGUGGGAGCGGCUGAUACACAAACAGGCAAUCGUGAAGGAGUCCCGAUCGGGCCGUCAGUUCGUCAAGUUCAUAAACAUGUUGAUGAAUGACACCACGUUCUUACUUGACGAGUGUCUUACGUACCUGAAGCGCAUCCACGAGGCGCAGGAGAGCGCGGCCACCGGCGCCGCGGGGGAGGCGCGCGCACGCGCACUCGCGCAGGACGAGAGGCAGUGCCGCUCGUACCUCACGCUUGCCAGAGAGACGGUGGACAUGCUGGAGUACCUGACGGUGGAGAUCAAGGAGCCUUUCCUGCGCAGCGAGCUGGUGGACCGGCUCGCCUCCAUGCUCAACUUCAACCUGCAGCAGCUGUGCGGACCCAAGUGCAGAAACCUUAAGGUCCGACGUCCAGAGAAGUACGGAUGGGAGCCCAGACGGUUGUUGAGCCAGCUGGUCGACAUCUACUUGCAUCUCGACUCGCCGCAGUUCCACGCCGCGCUGGCCGCUGACGAGAGAUCAUUCCGUAAAGAGUUGUUCGAGGAGGCGGCCGUACGAUUAGCUAAAUCUUGCAUCAAGACGCCUACUGAAAUAGAGCGUUUCAGGUCGCUCGCAGACAACGCAUAUCAAAUUGCUGUAUCAAAUCAACAAAAGAGCGAUGAAUUCGCUGACGCUCCAGAAGAAUUCAGAGAUCCACUUAUGGACACCCUCAUGACUGAUCCUGUGGUCUUACCCUCAGGCAAGGUUAUGGACAGAUCUGUGAUAUUGCGUCAUCUGCUGAACAGUUCUACUGAUCCUUUCAACAGGCAGCCGCUGACAGAAGACCAAUUACGUCCAGCUACUGAACUGAAAGAGAAGAUACAGCAGUGGCAACGUGAAAAGAAAAUGACGUAAGCGUCCGAAGCCAACAGUCUAAAGUCUGAUGUAUAUAACGUACGCGUUUAUAAACACUACCGGUUGGACUUUUCCGCCUUUUAUUGGAUUAUUGUCCACAUGCAUGAAUGUGAGAUUAUUCCAAAUAUGUAUGUUAGUGUGAAUGUUUCGUGGAGUUGAAAACUAGUAAGAUACUAAAAUGUUAGGCAAACAUAUGAUAUGAGGUGCGACAAAAAAUACUUAUUGCGGUAGACGAUAAUCGACCGCACAAACAAGCCAACCCGAAUGGAGGUCGUUCACAUCAUAUUACAUUAAAUAUGAUAAAUAUAUGUGUAACAAAUCUCUUAUUAAAAUGCACCAAAUUUUAAAUACAAUAAGAUAUGAAUUAGAAUCACAAAUGCUUUUGUCGACGAGAUGUGUUGUAAAUAUGGGCCUAAAUUAAAAGUAACGAACAUGACAUUUCCGGGUAAAGGUGCUUGUUUAGAGUUGAGUCUGGUCUCUUUCAGCAUUUUCAAAUGGCGAAACAUGGGCACUGUUUAUGUAUUUAGCAUGAGUUGUGUAAGCUGCAUUUUAUGGAAAUUCGACAAUUGUGUGCAAGUAAUUUGGUUAGAUCAAUAGUGCAUUAGUUUAACUAAUGGAUAUACUUAGAUUAUAAUUAUAUGAAACCUAUAUAGGAAUUGUAUGGAAUGUUGAAAAGACUUCUUAUUUUUGAGCAUAAAGAAGAUUAGCAAAAUGUAUUUAAUUAUUUUAUGGAUUUAAUUACUAUUUGUGUUUAGUGAUAUUACAUUUAGUCCAUUUUAGCCAAUAUGAUUUUGUAUUAUCUCUUAUAUCAAAGUGAUUUUGUUCCUCGUUAAUACUAGAUAUCCUUUGAAGUGGAUAUUCAAUUUAUAUUUGUAGCAAUCAUAUUCUUAUUAGUAUUCUCACUGAAAAUUAGCACAGUAUAAUAAGUUAUAAUGGAAUAUUAAAUUGUUCUAAUCACUGCCAAGUAUGUCACUAUAAUUUAUUUUGUAGUACAGGCAUUCCUGGAUAAAACGCCAUUUCUUUAAAUUUCAUGGUCUCACUUGUAUAAUAAUUGACUUGUGAUUAUCUUUAUAUUACGAACAUUCUAUGCUAGAGGACACUUAUGUUGAUUAUAUCAAUAAAAGUAAAAAAAAAAAAUGUG